AUGUCAACCUCUAGAACCUCAGAUACAUCCUUCAAAGCAUAUGACCCCAACCAAACUCAAAUGUGUCUCUCUCUUCUCCAACGCAACACAUCCCCUUGUGGUGAGAGAAGAGGCAGAAGGAAGCAAGCAGAGCCAGGGAGGUUCCUUGGGGUAAGGAGGCGCCCUUGGGGUCGAUAUGCUGCUGAAAUCAGAGACCCCACAACCAAAGAGAGGCAUUGGCUAGGCACAUUUGACACUGCUCAAGAAGCAGCUCUUGCUUAUGACAGAGCUGCUCUGUCCAUGAAAGGAAGCCAGGCAAGAACCAACUUUGUUUACUCUGACAACAUCAACUUCCACACUGUCCUUUCUCCUGUGGAUGUUCAAGUUCAAGUUCAAGUUCAACCUCUCCUGCCAGCUUCACAGUUCCUCACUAACACCACUCACACCAAACAACCAAACAACCAAAAUAGCCUCCCUCAGGUUAUUCACACUUCAAACUCUGGAAACCCCUCCCCGUUGAACAAUGACGUAUGUGUUGAAACCACAUAUGGGUCAGCUCAGGAUGAUAGUUUCUUCUUUUCCACUGAUUCUAACUCAGGCUAUCUGGAAUGCAUAGUACCUGAUAACUGUUUCAGACCUGCUUCCUCCAGCACCAACAGUUCAAACUCCAGAAAGAGCAAUGUGAGUGAUCAAAAGGCUAACACAUGCUCCACGGAGAGUACCAAUUAUCACCAGAACUCACAUGUUGACAUGACUUCAUUCUCUCAAGAAGGCAUGGAAAUGGCUCCAAGGGCCUCUUACUUUUCAGAUUUUUGUUAUCCAAGUGAACUGAGUCAAGGAUCAUGGGAUGAUCAACAAUCAUGGGAUUGGAACUGCAGUGAACUUUCAGCUAUAUUUAAAAACCCAUUAAGGGUGGAAAAUGGGUGCAUGGAUGCAUUGUACCCCAUCACUGAUCAUAGUCCUAGUCCAAGUCCAAGCUAUGGGCUAAUGAAUGAGGCUGCUUCUUCUACUACCUGUUCUCCAUCACUUCCACCCUUUGGGGACGUAGACUUGGGAUACCCACUCUUCUGA